AUGAGAGACGCCGAGGGCCCGGGCCUGGUGGCCGACGCCGCACGGGCCGAGCCGGCUGGCGCGGCGCUGAGCGUGGACGUGGUGGGGCUGCUGGCGCAGCUGGCCCGCAGCUUCGCGCUGCUGCUGCCGGUGUACGCACUGGGCUACCUGGGCCUGAGCUUCAGCUGGGUGCUGCUGGCGCUGGCGCUGCUCGCCUGGUGCCGGCGCAGCCGCGGCCUCAAGGCCACGCGCCUGUGCCGCGCGCUGGCGCUGCUGGAGGACGAGGAGCGCGCCGUGCGCCUGGGGGUGCGCGCCUGCGACCUGCCGGCCUGGGUUCACUUUCCAGACACUGAGAGAGCAGAAUGGCUAAAUAAGACUGUAAAACACAUGUGGCCUUUCAUUUGCCAAUUUAUAGAGAAGCUGUUUCGAGAAACCAUAGAGCCAGCUGUGCGGGGAGCAAACACCCACCUCAGCACCUUUAGCUUCACGAGAGUUGACGUGGGUCAGCAGCCCCUCAGGAUCAAUGGUGUCAAGGUAUACACUGAAAAUGUGGACAAAAGGCAAAUUAUUUUGGACCUUCAGAUUAGUUUUGUAGGAAAUUGUGAGAUUGAUUUGGAGAUCAAGCGAUAUUUUUGUAGAGCUGGUGUGCAAAGUAUACAGAUUCACGGCACAAUGCGAGUGAUCCUGGAGCCACUGAUUGGAGACAUGCCCUUAGUGGGAGCGCUGUCUAUCUUCUUCCUCAGGAAGCCACUUUUAGAAAUUAACUGGACAGGACUGACUAACCUUCUGGAUAUCCCAGGACUGAAUGGUUUAUCAGAUACCAUCAUUUUGGAUAUAAUAUCAAACUAUCUGGUUCUUCCCAAUCGAAUCACUGUUCCUCUCGUCAGUGAAGUUCAAAUAGCCCAGUUGCGGUUUCCGAUCCCAAAGGGUGUCCUAAGGAUACACUUCAUCGAGGCUCAGGACCUCCAGGGGAAGGACACUUACCUUAAGGGGCUUGUCAAGGGAAAGUCAGACCCCUAUGGAGUUAUUCGAGUUGGCAACCAGAUCUUCCAAAGCAAGGUCAUCAAAGAGAACCUGAGUCCCAAGUGGCACGAGGUGUAUGAGGCCUUGGUCUAUGAGCAUCCUGGGCAGGAGCUGGAGAUUGAGCUCUUUGACGAAGACCCAGACAAGGACGACUUUCUAGGAAGUCUCAUGAUCGACCUGGCCGAAGUGGAAAAGGAGCGCCUUCUAGAUGAAUGGUUCGCCCUGGACGAGGUCCCCAGAGGAAAGCUGCACCUGAAACUGGAGUGGCUCACGCUGACGCCACACGCUGCCCGCCUGGACCAGGUGCUGACAGACAUCAGGGCCGACAAAGACCAAGCCAACGACGGCCUUUCCUCCUCCUUGCUCAUCUUGUAUUUGGAUUCAGCGAGGAACCUUCCGUCUGGGAAGAAAAUGGACAGCAGCCCCAGCCCCCUCGUGCAGAUGUCAGUGGGUCACAAGGCCCAGGAGAGCAAGAUUCGGUACAAAACCAAUGAGCCUGUGUGGGAGGAAAACUUCACUUUCUUCAUUCACAAUCCGAAGUGCCAGGACCUUGAAGUUGAGGUCAGAGAUGAACAGCAUCAGUGCUGCCUGGGGAACCUGACGAUCCCGCUCAGUCGUCUGCUCUCCAGCGAUGACAUGACCAUGAACCAGCGAUUCCAGCUCAGUAAUUCUGGUCCAAACAGCUCUCUGAAGAUGAAGGUUGCCCUCAGGAUACUCCACCUCGAAAAGCAAGAAAGGUCCCCAGACCACCAGCACUCAGCUCAAGUCAAGCGGCCCUCCGUUUCCAAAGGAGGGAGAAAAGUGUCUGUCAGGUCUCAGGCGUCCGAGCCACCGGGCGCUGGGGACAGCAGCCCCGCCCCGCCCGCUCCAGUCCUGGGAGGCGGUGUGAAGCCCAGCGUGGAGGACAGAGCGCAGCCCGCAGAGGCCAGCCCUCAGGGGCCUCGAGACCUGGGCAGAAGUGCCUCUAGCCUCCAUGGCAGCACCUCCGGCUCCCCCAGCCACAUCUUCAUCAAGGAGCCCACCCCCAGCAUAGCCUCGGACAUCUCGCUGCCCAUCGCCACGCAGGAGCUUCGGCAGCGGCUGCGGCAGCUGGAGAAUGGGACGACGCUGGGACAGUCUCCCCUGGGGCAGAUCCAGCUGACGAUCCGGCACAGCUCGCAGAGGAACAAGCUGGUGGUGGUCGUGCACGCCUGCAGAAACCUCAUUGCCUUCUCUGAAGACGGCUCGGACCCCUACGUCCGCAUGUAUUUGCUCCCAGACAAGAGGAGGUCAGGGAGGAGAAAAACACACGUGUCAAAGAAAACACUGAACCCCGUGUUUGAUCAGAGCUUUGAGUUCAGCGUCUCGCUCCCAGACGUGCAGCGGAGAAUGCUGGAUGUCGCCGUGAAGAACAGUGGCGGCUUCCUGUCCAAAGACAAAGGGCUUCUCGGCAAAGUGCUGGUUGCUCUGGCAUCUGAAGAGCUCGCCAAAGGCUGGACCCAGUGGUACGACCUCACAGAAGACGGGACGAGACCCCACGUGAUGACGUAG